AGGAAAUCAAUGACUCUCGAGACUGACUUUAACAAGUCAAGGAAGUUCUAUAAAGACCUUAAUACUCUAAGUAUGAAGCAGAGGAAUGGGCUGUUUUCAGAUCCAAUAUCCUUAGCUGUAGGUGACGUCCAUUAUGUUGCCCCAACAAGGAAAAUAGUCAGGAAAGACAAAGGCCCUAAUAAAUCAAAAGGCUUCUUUACAUCAAAAAUGAAAGUGGGGCGAAAUGAUCAUGCUUUAUUCUCAAAUCCGAAGUAUAAUGCAAUCAGUGAUCCCUAUAAUGAACCAUGCAAGAGCCUUCAGCUAAGAUCUUCAGUGGAAAAGAUAAAAUAAGAGGCCAUUUACAGCUGGAGGAAGGGUCAAGCAAAAGAACCCAACUUCUUUCCAUUGUGGUCCUGUAAAGGAAAAAGAGAACAAAAGAAUUGGUGCAGGAAAUGUCAGACUAAGAGAACCUAAUUUCGUCACAUCUAAAUCUAAAGUUGGAGGAGGGAAAACCACCCCAGGGGUUUGAAUGGGAGGCAAAACUAUUAAGUAUAUCGAAGAUGAUUAUGACAGAGAAAAGGAUUAUAAGAGAGAACAGUCUAGAAGACAUAAGGAAAAGAUACCUAAACCGUUUGCUUCGACAGUCAAACAAAGAACUACAUUCACUAAGGACGAGCAGUGAUAUACAAUCGAAGGACUGACCUUAAAACUAAAGAAGGAACUAUAUAAUUAUGAUAAAGUCAAGCAUCCUCAGCCAUUUAGACCUUCAAAUCCUGCAAAGAAAGGCUACAAUAAAACUCUUGAGCAAUUUCCUUCCUACACUGAAGACCCAGGAAGACCCGCCAAGAAGGAAUCAACCAAGCACUACGCUGCUCAGACCGGAAAGUGGAGGCCAACAGCAAGGUCCAAGUCCAAGCCUUGCCCCAGCAUUGUAGAGAAUCCUAAGAACAAAAGACAGCUGAACUAUAGUAGGUUUUACUAA